AUGGACGGCCUUGACGAGUUUGAGAAGGGUCUUGCUGCGGAGAAGGCUGAACGAGAACGCGAAGGUCGCGACUCCGAGAAGAAGCACCGAAAGCAUAGACAUCACCACCGACGAGAUCGAUCAGACGAACGAGACCGCGAUGGUCACCACCACAGACACCAUAGAUUACGGUGUCACGAUGGGGAUGACCAAGACGCAGAUGGCCACCGUCACAAGCGGUCAAGGCAUACCACAGAUGAUCGCGACCACCGCAAGGAACGCAGUCGCCGCGACCACCACGAACAGUCCAAGGCAGACCAGGAUCUGAGUAAACAAACCCGCUUCAAAAACUCGGACCCCAAGGAGGAUCUUCCAUCACCGGACGAGGAACUUGCUGCCGAAGAUUUCGAGAAACCGAAGCGGUCUGAGCCCCUCAUUCGCGACGACUGGAUGACAGCUCCCUCCGCGAUGGAUGUUGACUACACCCAAAAGGGGGCCAAGCCUUCAAAACCUGCGCCGCCACCAAGCAAGGAGCCGCAGAGGGCUAUACACAAGCGGGAGAUCAACGCAGCGGAACUGCAUCAACUGAACAAUGGGAAGCCGGCGGACGAGCUUGAGCUACCAGCCCAGCACAAGGUUAACUACACCUUUGGCGACAGUGGAUCGCAAUGGAGGAUGACCAAGCUGAAGGGCGUCUACACUACGUCGGAGCAAACUGGCCGCCCGGUGGAUGAGAUUGCCGUUGAACGCUUUGGCAGCCUUCGCGAGUUUGACGAUGCACGAGAGGAGAAGAUCGAGGUGGACAGACGAAAGGUUUACGGUGAAGGCUGCGUCGGCAAGGAGAAGCCCAGCGGAGAGCUCUUUCAAGAGAGAAAGCUGGACGAGGGAAUUCGAGAGAAACGACAGACGCCUCCCGCGCCUGUAGAGUUGGACCAAGGCACUGUGAUUCCCGACGAUGCAUCAUCUCACCUGCCGACCCAGCUUGAUCAAUCCGGCCUGAAUCGUCUACGAGCCAAAAUGAUGAAGGCGAAGUUGAGAAAGGCGCCCGAUGCAGCCAAGCUAGAGGUCGAGUACAACCAAGCAGCCGCCUCGUUUGUGUCUAAAGGUCCUGAAGCUGUGGUGCUCAAUGUGAUGGACAACCGGUUAUUGGCGGGUACCCGUGGCGAGGCCAAGGCCGUUGAUACCAAGAGAGGCCGUGAGAGAGGGCACAUGGAGCAGAAUGAUGACAUGACGAUCGAAGAUAUGGUCAGGGAGGAGAGACGUACACGCGGACAGACGGGAGGUGAUGGACUACGGCUGGCUGAACGAAUCGCCAAAGAUGGCAAGUUCGACAACGACCUCGACUACAUGGACGAGAAUGCCGAGAAGCUUGCCAGACGUGUGCAGAAGUCCGAGAUCAACCUCAAAAACUCGGCCGUCGGGGAUUUCCAGAAGAUUAACAAUAUCCUUGACAACUGCCAGCUCUGCCACCAUGAGGACCGCAACCAGCCGCCGGUGGCACCCGUGCUUUCACUGGCGACCCGCGUGUACCUGACACUGCCCACAGAGCCCGAGUUGAGCGAAGGCGGUGCGGUCAUCGUGCCUAUCCAGCACCGUAGAAACCUGCUCGAGUGCGACGACGACGAGUGGGAAGAGAUCCGAAACUUCAUGAAGUGUCUGACGCGCAUGUACCACGAACAGGGCAGGGAAGUGGUCUUUUACGAGAACGCAGCAGCGCCCCAAAGACACAUGCACGCGGCGAUGCAGGCGGUGCCGAUACCGUAUGCUCUGGGUGACACGGCGCCGGCAUUCUUCAAGGAGGCGAUGCUCUCUGCGGAUGAGGAAUGGUCACAGCACAAGAAGAUCAUCGAUACGGGGGCCCGGGCGCGAGAUGGGCUUGGAAAGCUGGCAUUUCGACGAUCCAUUGCCAAGGAGAUGCCAUACUUUCACGCAUGGUUUAGUCUCGAUGGAGGCCUGGGACACGUGGUGGAAGAUGCGAACCGCUGGCCGAGGGGAGACUUGUUUGCUAGAGAGAUCCUAGGUGGUAUGAUAGAUGCCGAGCCCGAUGUGAUGAAGAAGCAGGGUCGAUGGCACAAGGGGGAUCGACGGGCUGAUGGGUUCAAGAAGCGUUGGAGGAAGUUUGACUGGACCAGAGUCCUGUCUGAUGGUUGA